CAAGCAAGCACUUCGCCCCAGCUGUGUCACCCCCCUCGUUGUUUCAUCCUCGGAUCCAACGAAAACUGCCACUGCAGGCUCAUCACCAAGCCUCUCCACUCCUCCCAAUUGGGUCAUCUAGGCUGAUCGUGAGGAACGUGUCUCUGCACUGCACAACCAUGACUUCCUCAGCAAAUGUUUCUACACAGUCCCCUCCGCUACCAGCUGAUGCGGAUGCCCCGCCAACCUUUCAGGAAUGGUACUCCUUCGAUGCACUCUCCAACUGUUGGAGCCCACUUCCACCCACUACCUCAGUGACUUGCGAUGAGAGCACAAUGCCAGCCUCAGACAAAGCGAAACUGAAGAUAUUUGCACUUAACCUUGUAACUUGGAAUGUAGAUGCCUCCGCCAAGUUUCCCGAUGACCGUAUGGCCGGCAUCAUUUCCACCAUACGCAAUCAAACACCCCCACCUAACAUACUCUUCUUCCAAGAAGUCCCUAAGGCAGCACUGUUUUACCUCCUCAACGAACCCUGGAUUCGCGAGAAUUGGUAUUCUAACGAGGGGGACCUCAGCAACUAUGGGGGUCUCGCAUUCAUCACCGUGAUACUCUUAUCCAAAGCCAGUUUCAGUACAGACAGUCAGGACCCAGACAAAGCAUGCCUCGGACCAGUCUGGCGAGUUGAUUAUCCAAGUAAGUUUGACCGAGACGCCCUCUGCUGUGAUAUCUUCAUGCCACAAUCCGCUACCCGUGUCCGUUUGGUCAACGUGCAUCUGGACUCUCUUGCUUUCCAGCCAAGUUGUCGUCCGCGGCAGCUCGCCAUCGUUGCAAGUAGUCUCCGUUGUGCCGGACAUGGCUUCGUCGCAGGAGACUUCAACCCUGUCCUCCCAGAGGAUGACAGUCUCGUGGCCACCAACGGUCUGGUAGAUGUGUGGAACGAGCUGCACCCCGACGAACCGGGCUUCACCUGGGGUCUUGAUGGUCGGGAACCUUUCCCUCCAGGACGGUUGGACAAAGUGGCCGUUCUUGGCCUGAAGGGGCAAGAGAUGGACAUUAUUCAUCCCAGUGCAAUCAACAGCGCGGGACAAGGUCAACUGCUACGACAAUUGGAUACCCCCAUGCCUUGGAGUGACCAUUCAGGUCUAAAGUGCUGCUUACGUCUUGCUAAAGAGCCCUUGUAAGCAUAUCAUCAAACAUUCCCUCUAGUCUCUCUUUCUCUUAGCUACUCUAUGCAUUCACCUCUUGAGUAAGGACACACAUCUUCCCAGGCUCCCUCCCACCACCCACACACACGUGGCUCUACCAUCCAUUCAUUACUAUUCC